AUGGUCUCACUGAAUCUGAAUCGCAGUUACACGUAUGUAUCUACCAUUAGGCUGCUCUACAAUGGAAACAAGGCACAAGUCUUCACCAAACCCCUCCCUACCCCUGCUCUUAACGGUAAAGGAAGAAAAGAUGUAAAAACGACUAUCCCUCAUCCAGCACAGAAUUAUGUCAACAAAAUUUUCACCGGGAAGCUUCCUCAUCAGAAAAUUUAUCAGCGCGAAUCUGCUUCAAAUCUGAACUGCCUGCUACCCGUAGUAUUUGGAAUGGCAGCUCAAACUCGAAGCCUUUUACCGGGUGAUCGAUCAUCUCUGAAUCUCAAACUCUAG